AAAAAUAAAAAAAAAAAAAAAAAAAAAUUACAGACGUCUGUGAUCUCUUCUUCUCGACAGAGAAGCGAAACCUCCACUGUGUCUUCAUCACUUCCAAAAGAUACGAAAUUUGCUUUGAUUUUCUCACUGUUUGAUCAAAUUUGGUAAAGAGAAAAUCUAGGAUUAGGGUUUCUACUUCGAAUCAGGGAAAAAUGAAGCAGCUAUUGUACAGUCACCAUAACCAGUCUCAAAGAAAGGCAUUUGCGGGUCUUUUCGUCCUUCUGCUUCCCAUUUUCCUCCCUCAUCUUUUCAGCCCAUUGGGCCGAGCCUGGCCUUCCCUGUUCUCUGAAUGGAAUGCUCCAAAACCUAGGCAUUUGCCUCUUCUAAAAGCUGCCUUAAAUCGCCCAAUUCUCAGUAGGCAACAGUCUGAGCUUUGGUCUCCUUUGCCUGAUCAAGGAUGGAAACCUUGCAUUGAACCCGUAACUAUUCCUUCAUUGCCCCAAACAUCUCGAGGUUAUAUCCAGGUAUUUCUUGAUGGAGGGUUGAAUCAGCAAAGAAUGGGAAUAUGCGAUGCAGUGGCAGUUGCUAAAAUACUAAAUGCAACGCUUGUGAUCCCACACCUUGAAGUGAAUCCUGUCUGGCAAGAUUCAAGUUCAUUUGUGGAUAUAUUUGAUGUGGAUCACUUCAUUGAUGUCCUACAUGAUGAAAUUUUUAUUGUUAAAGAGCUCCCCAAUGAGUACUCUUGGAGUACACGUGAGUAUUAUGCUACAGGUAUACGAGCUACUAGAAUCAAGACAGCGCCUGUCCAUGCUUCAGCUGACUGGUAUCUGGAAAAUGUUUUGCCUGUAUUGCAAAGUUAUGGAGUCGCUGCUGUUGCCCCAUUCUCCCACCGUUUAGCUUUUGACAAAUUACCAACUAACAUCCAACGCCUGCGUUGUAAAGUCAAUUUUGAAGCUUUAGUUUUUGUUCCUCAUGUAAAAUCUUUGGGAGAGACACUUGUUAAUCGUCUCCGCAAUCCUUCUGGCAGCUCAAGGACUGAGUUCCUAAGGGAGAGAAUAGAUGAUACUGAAAAUCUGGGAUCCAGAAAGUUUGUGGUGUUGCAUCUUCGCUUUGAUAAAGAUAUGGCUGCUCAUUCUGCCUGUGAUUUUGGUGGGGGUAAAGCAGAAAAACUUGCUCUGGCCAAAUAUCGCCAAGUGCUUUGGCAAGGAAGGGUAUUAAAUUCACAGUUUACAGAUGAAGAGUUGAGAAGUCAGGGCCGUUGCCCAUUGACUCCUGAAGAGAUUGGAUUACUGCUAGCUGCUUUAGGUUUCAGCAAUAGCACUCGUCUCUAUCUUGCUUCACACAAGGUAUAUGGUGGAGAAGCAAGAAUUUCUACCUUGAAGCAAUUAUUUCCCUUCAUGGAAGACAAGAAAAGCCUGGCUUCUGAAGAGGAAUUGGCUGAAGUCGAAGGCAAGGCUUCAUUAUUGGCUGCAGUCGACUAUUAUGUGAGCUUGCAGAGUGAUAUCUUUAUAUCUGCUUCUCCAGGAAACAUGCAUAAUGCUUUGUUGGGACAUAGAGCUUACCUGAACCUGAAGACUAUAAGACCAAACAUGUUGCUGCUUGGCCCGCUUUUCCUGAACAAGAGCUUGGAGUGGUCAGCAUUUCAGGUUGCAGUUGUCAAUGGGCAUAAAAAUAGACAAGGGCAGGUUAGAUCGAGAAAGGAGAAGCAAUCAAUAUAUACAUACCCUAUUCCUGAUUGUAUGUGUCAAUUAUAAUUGGGUGGAUGCAGAAAUUUUAGAUCUGCAAUUUUGGGCAUAUUUAUUUGCAUGUGCUACUGUCUUUUUUUUGUCCACUUGUAUAUAUCUGGUAUUCUGAACAUUUUUGGCUUUGUAUUUUGUUCGAAGUUGUGGCAACUGGUAAUAGAUAUGCAGAUUGAUUUUACUCUUCUCCAAUCACCACUACACAAACUUGGUGGAUUGUACAAUUGAAACAAUGAUGCUUACAAGAGUUUUGAUUGAUCGAUUUAUGAAUGAGUUUGGCCGUC